AUGUCAUCAGCACAAGCCCCAUACACUGUGGAGAACGUCCCGUUGGGGACACACCGGCCAGUCCGGGUGGUCUGUAUCGGCGCGGGCUACUCGGGGCUGAUGAUGGCCAUUAUCGCGAAAGAGAAAAUGCAACACCACAAAGUCGAUUUCCAGGUCUAUGAGAAGAAUAACGACCUAGGAGGUACAUGGCUGCUAAACAGGUACCCUGGCUGCCAGUGCGAUAUUCCAUCCCACAACUACGCCUACAGCUUCGACCCUAAGCCGGACUGGCCAGGGUACUAUGCGACCUCAGAGGAGAUCCACGAGUAUAUGAAACAGGUGUCACGGAGGCACAGUUGCGACGAUCUCUUUGCAUAUGAGCAUGAGGUCGUAUCUGCAACAUGGGACGAUGGCGCUGGGAUAUGGAAGCUGGUUGUCAGAGCAAAUGGCGUGGAGUUCGAUGAUUACUGCCACGUCCUGAUCAACGCUGCUGGUGUUCUAAACAACUGGAAAUGGCCGAGUAUCACCGGUAUCGAGACGUUCCAAGGCAAAUUAAUGCAUUCAGCUGCCUGGGACCAGACCUACGACUAUGCUGGCAAACGUUUAGCUGUCAUUGGAAUUGGGUCGUCUGGGAUACAGAUCCUCCCCCAAGUGGCUAAGACUGCUGGCCAUGUCGAUUACUUUAUUCGGUCUCAGACCUGGAUUAGCCCAGCACGCGGCAUAAACGAGGCCCAAGAAGGCGACCCAGAGGUUGACCAUGAUUAUAAUUACGUCGAAGACGAGAUCAAGCGCUUUCAUGAAGACCCGGAAUACCUUCUGCAGCACCGCAGAGAGCUCGCUAAUCGCCGCAUUGAUGAGUUCCGGGGGUCGUUACAAGGCCCUGGGGCCCUGGCUGAGGUAAGACGCAGUUACGUUGCCUCGAUGCUGCAGAGACUCGGUAACGGCGAGAAAGGUAAGAGACUGGCGUCGCUCAUCAUCCCAGACUUUCCAGUCGGCUGUCGCAGGAUCACGCCUGGCCAGGGAUUUCUAGAAGCGAUGGUGCGCGAGCAUGUCGACACGCAUUGGAACUCUCUAGAUCAUAUCACGGCGGAAGGCAUUGUGCUGCGAGAUGGAAGCGUCUUACCGGUGGAUGCUAUUAUAUGCGCAACUGGAUUCGACACGACUUUCAAACCGCGAUUCCCCAUUGUCGGACAAAACGGAGUGAAUCUCGCUGAAAAAUGGGAAGAAGAGAACCCCGACGCAUACUUUGGCAUCACCGUUCCUCAAAUGCCGAAUUACUUCUGCUUCAUUGGACCGAAUAGCCCGGUUUCAAACGGCUCCCUUGUGCAGGCUAUCCAAAUGACGGGCAUCUACAUAUAUAACUGCAUAGAAAAGCUCCAGACCCAAGGGAUCAAGUCGAUGACGGUCACAGAGAAGGCCGUGGCUGACCUCAAUGAACAUGCACAGACCUGGCUUCAGGAUACCGUCUGGGCAGCGCCAUGCCGAAGCUGGUAUAAGCGAGGAACGACCGACGGCCGCAUUGUCGGGCUGUACGCCGGUAGUUGCUUCCACUUUGCAGAGGCGCUGCGAGACCCCCGUUGGGAGGACUAUCACCUCGAAUACCUGCAGCGAAACCGCUUCCACUAUCUGGGGAAUGGAUUGACUCAGCGCGAGACGAGAAAGGGCGAUAUGGGCGACACACAGACAUUGGACUUUGAAUCGUACUGGAAGCUGUUUGUGCUGCCUGAAAUACACAUGUAA